CCGCCUUACUCAUACGCGACAAUCAUUGGCCAUGCUAUCCUGAGCAGCAAGGAACGAAAACUGACACUGAACGAGAUCUACCAAUGGAUAAUAGAGCAUUAUCCGUAUUAUACCAAUAGCAACUUAGGCUGGCAAAAUUCGGUUAGACACAAUUUAUCCUUGCAUAAAGCAUUUGUUAAAAUUCAGCGAGAAACCUCUGACCCUGGCCAAUCUCGAAAAGGAUGUUAUUGGACUAUU